CAUUUUUGCUGAACUGGGGCUGGUGGACUAACUAUUGCGGUUAGGAUGUUUUAUUUUUCCACACACUCAAAAAAUCAUAAUCCCAACGUACAAAUUAGUGGAAAGAGGACUAUAAGACAACCAUUGGAUAUAUUAAACCAAAUAAUCACUAUCAAACAUGGGUAAAUACGAUGAAUUGAUACAUCCAAAGAUACUAAGUACCCCCAAAUCAACUAAAAAGACUUUAAAAUCACCACCUGGGUUUGCUUAUGAAUCUAAAUCAACUAACUCCAAGACCAAGAAAUCAACCACCAUAAGUAGUGCUAUUAGUGAUGAUGAAAAAUUAGAAGAAUUAAAGAUUAAAAAGGCUUGGGAAGUUUCAAUGGGCCCAGCUAAGAGUAUACCUAUGAAUGCAAUCAUGAGUUAUAUGACUGGGAACUCUUUACAAAUCAUUCCUGUUACUAUGACUUUAAUGCUUUUAUGGAAUCCUUUAAAGGCAAUUUUUAAUGAAACAAAUUCCCAUUUCGUUAAUUUAACUACUAAGAAGAAUGAAUCAACGAUAUUAUUAGCUAAGUUAGUAUUUGUAUUAUUCCAAGUAUUGAAUAUGACCAUUGGGGUUUAUAAAUUAUAUAAAAUGGGUCUUAUCCCUCAUUCUGAAGCAGAUUGGAUAGCUUGGAAAGAAUUAAAAGAUAUCAAAGAAAGAUUAUCUUAUAAUUGAUAUACUAAAUAUACAUUAACUUUUUA